AUGUCUUAUUCCUCCGGGUUAAAUUCAAAAAGCUCUGAAGCGGAAGCGACGAAUACGUUAAGACCAGCUCAAAUGUGGAAGGGCGCUCCGAAGAAUUUGCAGUCGGUUGAUCUGGAUCCACGUCUUAAUUUUCAAACCCAUCACAUUCCUGCACAGACUGCUGUGAGCCAUCGUUAUAAUGUGAUCAAGAAAAAGUGGGUUGGUGACGGGAUUCAGGUCAAAAUCAAACGCAACCCGUUUGAUCGAGGGCGAUGCAAGAAUGCUUCAGAUUGA